ACUUUGCAAGUUGCCAUGGCCAAGCUACUGACCGUACUACUACUCUCGUUCGCCGUGUCGCUGCGCUGCCGGACGUCGCCCGAGAUGCGCUCGGCGCUUCAUGACGCCAGCGCCACCGGCCUCUUCGCCGCGCCCAUCAUCGUCUCGGCCUGCGACCUCAAGCGACUCAUGCCCAUCGCCAACUGCAAGCCCGGGGUCUGCAUUUCGACCGACGGCGUUCCCGGCUCCGACUGCCGUCAAUGCGGCAAGUUGAAUCUGAUGCCACAAGCCAACUGCCCCAAGAAGAACCCGUGCAACAACAAGAACGCGCCGUGCGUCGCCUGUGCGAAGUACAAGCUCAUGCCGGCCAACUCGUGCACCGCUCCGGGCUCGUCGCCGGCGCCAGAUGCCACGACGCUUCCGCCUGCCACGGCGUCGGCUAGCCCGACGCCAGGAGUGACAACCGCCAACUCGACGCCUGCGGUGACGACAACAAGUGGAUUUGUGACACCGACGCCUGCCCCGACGAAGGCUGGUGGUGCGAAUGGUGGCACCAGCGGUGGUAACAACGGUGGUGCCAACGGCGGUGCCAACGGCGGCACGAAUGGUGGUACUAACGGCGGUGCCAACGGUGGCGCUAGCGGUGGCGCUAACGGUGGCGCCAACGGUGGCGCCAUUGGCGGCACGAAGGGUGGCAACGACAACGACAACGGCUACGCGAACGGCAACGGUCAGAAUGACCACGAAGUUAGCACGGGCGCCAACAACAGCGACGCAUCGGGCGAAUCGUCGGGUAUUUCGGGCGGUGCGAUCGCUGGGAUUGUUGUCGGGUGCAUUGCCGCCGUCAUCCUCGCUGGCUUCCUCGUUUGGAAGAUCAAGAAGGACAAGUCGCGCGAGGAGCAGCUCUUCGCCGACCCGCACGAUCUCGAAGACGCGCAGACCGGCUAUGCGGCCAUGUAAACGGCACGACAUUCGUUCGACCAAGUACAAAAUACAACACUGGAUGUUCUUCCCUUCGCAUCUGCAUCGUAACCACACCAAACGAUCUUGACACGU